AUGGCUAGUGAGGAAAGUUUCGUAGUGUUGGUUUACCACAGAGGAUCCAUUAAGAGGAAAACUCGUUCCAGUGUGAAGUUCACUGAUAAGGAUCCUCUCUGUAUUAUCGUCAGGCCUACGACGAGGUAUGAGGACCUUGUUAGCUCUGUACUGCUGAAACUUGGUGUAGAAGCCGUGAAACGGGAAACCAUGAAGUACGAUUGUUUCACAAUCGGGAGUGAUGAGGACUUGCAGGUCAUGUUUCAUUGUCGCCGACAGUUUCCAGAGGUGAGGACACCAAAACUGUUGGCAAAGUUGGUUGACGCGGUGUCCAACUCGGGGGGUUCGAACCGGAAUACCACCACUUUAGCCACGGUAGCCGGUUCUAGCUCCAGACCAGCCGUUGCAUCUUCCUCCGUCCCUGCGUACGAGCCACCUGUCCAACAUGUCGCCUCCCCUUCGUUCGCUGUUGAUCUCAACGGCAGUGUAGGCAACGAGGUCGGAGAAGGGGAAUAUCUGCGAACCUCUUUACAGUGUGCUGUACCGGCUGGGGUUGGAGAUGGAUUCUUGGAUGAUCCAGAGGACGAUGAUGUCGAGCCGGAUAUGAUUGCUGAUGACAGUGGCGAUGAUGUUGGAGCAAGUGAGCCUGCUGGGGCGGGCGGUGGUUCUAGCUCUGGCACGCAGCAGUACCCUCCACAUUUUUCCUCUUUGGACUUGGAUGCCAUGAGGCAGGAGUGGGUUCCUGGGCAACCGACUGGAUUUGGCGCUAGAGAUGCUGAAGGGUCUGCAGGUCUGACAGAGUUUCAGGUUGGUCAGCAAUUUCCGGAUAAAGAAGAGGCCCUCUUAAGUGUCAAGACUUACAGCAUCCGUCGAGGGAUACAGUACAAGGUCGUGGAGUCUGACUAUCGCCAGUAUGUGGGCAAGUGUUCUGAGUUUGGCAACGGGUGCACAUGGUUGAUUCGGCUUAGUCUCUGA